AUGGCCCAACUUCUGUCCCUGCCGAUCGAGAUCCUCCAUCGCAACUGCUAUUAUGCAGAUCUUCCCAGUCGCAAAGGCCUUCGCUUGAUGAAUCGCCUGCUGGGCGACGUGGCCAGACGCUGGGUGUUCGAGACCAUCAGUGUCUUCCCCCUGGAAGCCAGCUGCAAUCGACUGCAGAAUAUCCUGCAAAGGCCGGAUGUAGCAUCAUAUGUGACGAAGCUCUACCUCGUCACAUUUGACCUGGACGAGCGCGGCGAAUUUAAAGACACGCAAGGCGAGGACUACCAUGAGGAAACAGAGGUCCCCCGACGAUUCUGGAACCUAUUUGACCAUCUAAAGGACUUCCCUCGCCUGCAGAGCGUUGCUUUGUGCUUCCACUGGGAGCAUUCCAACGGGGAAUGGGUGACUCCGCAAUGUCCUGAUACCUUCCGCGAGCCUGUGAUGGAGAGAGCAUUCGCUGCAUUCGUUGCGCAGCCCCAGAAGCUGAAGGAACUGGCUAUCCAGGACUUGCACAACGUCCACGAGACAGAUCCGACCGUGGUGGCCGAUAUAAAGAAGGUCUUGGGAGGUCUUGAGUCUCUCCGGCUCAACAUCGUCAACGAGCACUGGGAUGACCCUCCAAGCGACACCUAUAAAAAACAGGAAGCUCAGACCUUCCCACGCGAGCUGCCUGCAUUCUGGCUGCGGCCAGCAAUGUCGACACUGAGGCACCUCACUCUCUAUUCCGACCUUCGCUCUGGCUUUUAUCCCAUUCUCGACUUCACUGGCAUUCAUUUCCCGCAUCUUAAUACCUUGGCUCUGGGGAACUACGCUUUCGCCGACAAUUCCCAGCUAAACUGGAUCCUCUCCCACGCCGCGACGCUCACAGAGCUGUAUCUAGACAACUGCACCAUUCUCUACGCCAUGGCCCUGGAAUGGGCCGACACUGUAACGCUUCUUCCAUUAGAGAGGUUCAGCUACCAUGACGAAGAGACCGGUCACAGGUGGGCGGAGUACGACGGGCGCUGGGCAGACUACUUCCGAGCAUUCAAGGACGAGCUGCCGCGUCUGCAGCAUUUCCGGUACGGCCGUUGGGUGGACAUCACUUGUUUCGAUAACAGGCCGCCGUUCGAGGGGGAGACGGCCAUGGAGAUGGAUUUUCAUGAGGAGUCUUACGAUGCAUUCUUGGAGGCGCGCGAGAGCGGCCAGUACGCAUGGCAGGCGGAUUGCGAGCAGUGGGAGGUCGAGCAGGAUAGGAUACCCCCUUGGCCGUCUGCCAGUCAGUGGGAGGAAGAUAGGCGAGCCCUGGGCGAGCUAUGUGCGAAACUUGGGCAGACAGCUCCUCGGUGGGACAGUGGAGAGGACCAGAAUAGACACUAG